AUGGACCUGCAGGCCUGUGAGAGCUUGGCUGGCCUGCAUGCACAUUCAUGGCUCACCUCUCUCAUUUCCACAGAAUUUGCCUUCUGCCGGGUGGACGCCUCCAUCGCACUGGAUCUGGCCCUGGCUGUGCUGUGUGACCUGCUCCAGCAGUGGGACCAGCUGGCCCCUGGACUCCCAGUCCUGCUAGGAUGGCUGUUGGGGGAGGGUGAUGACCUCAUGGCCUGUGUGGAGAGCGUGCAUCAGGUGGAAGAAGACUACCUGUUUGAAAAAACAGAAGUCAACUUUUGGGCUGAGACCCUGAUCUUCAUGAAAUACCUCUACAAGCACCUCUUCCGCCUCCUCUCCAAGUCCAGCUGGCGUCCCCUCAGCCCCGAGAGGCUCUGUCAUCUUCAGAGGACAGCGUCAGAGCAAUGCCACCUCCUUUCCCAGCUCUUCAGAGAGCUGCCACCAACUGCUGAGUUUUUGAAGACGGUGGAGUUCACGAGACUGCGCAUUCGGGAGGAAAGGGCUUUGGCUUGCCUGAGGCUACUGGCGUUUCUGGAAGGAAAGGAAGGGGAAGACACCCUAGUUCUCAGGGCUUUGGACUCUCCUGCAGCAGUGAAUCAGUUAACUCUUCCAAGAACAGAAACGGCUUGUUGAAGAAAGAAGACUUGUGGGGUUGGGGGUAGGGUGGAUUGUUCCCCCAGUCAGUCCGCAGGAAAAUGUUGAACAGAAACUUAAGCGUCUUCUCCCCUUCACAACUCCCCCACUUCUGUGAGUCUAGUCUUCUGUCCUACAGAGGACUUUUUCUUCAGUUCAGUCAUUCAAGGCAGCCUCGUUUAUUGCAGCUACUGUAGGACGUGAGGCUACCACGUUGAAUAUUGACUCUGUUCCCAGGUGCAGGCCACCUGCAGGCCUGAAUUAGCCUUUUUCAUCCCCCAGGACCUCCAGUGUCCAACCAGAGCCGGCCUACAUUUUUCUCCGAAUUGACUACACAGAGUUGGAUUUUAACACAUUAUUCCCCCCCCUCCUUUUCUGGCUAGUUGUAGGAGCUGGAUUAGUUGGCAAACAGCCCACUUGGUCAGAAUUCCAAAUUUUAUUCGAUUUUAGCAAAGGCAGAAAUAUGUUCCAAAUGUUGGAUCCUGGGAGAAUUAAGGAUCGACUUCAUACAAAUAAUUUUGUUUUUAAUGUCUGCAUGUUUAAGCUUUCAGUGACCUACACAUGCCAUCCUGAUUAUUAAAAGAGCUAUUAAGAGCUCCUACCCCCUUCUCCCCA